UCCCCCUACCCCAACCCCAACUUUACCUAUUAUUUUCAUGCAGGAAUGAAUUUAUUUAUACUUGUGCAAUCUUAAUCUUUAUACGAUGAAUUUCACAAAUUUGAUUCUAGUUAAAAGAUUUUGUAUCCAUGUCAUGAUGAAACUGCUUUUGUAUAUAUAUAUAUAUGUGUGUGUGUGUGUGUGUGUGUAUGUAUAAUUAAACUUUUUUUUUUGGAGGGCCUUUGAUUCCACUCCUGAACAGAGUGGUCUUUAAUGAGCUUUGCAGAGAGAGCCUGCUUCUCUGUGACCCACCAAUAAAAUCUCAAUUCUCUGCAGAUGGUAACAUGUGAUGUGGGUAACACUAGCAGUUUGGUGCCCAAAGCUCUGGUGGACCAUACAGAUCAAGGGAGUGGAGCACUUCUCCAGUCAACUACUGCACCAAACUGGACUAUUCAUGUUUCAGAUAUAAGGACAGUUAAGGUUAGCAACAUUUCUGUAGCUGUAUCUGAAAGGGAUAUCAGAGAGUUCUUUUCGUUCUCUGGUGAUCUUCAAUAUGUUGAAAUGCAAAGGGAAUCAGAAACUACCCAUAUUGCCUAUGUUACCUACAGGGAUUCACAGGGAGCAGAUACAGCCAUUCUUUUGUCGGGAGCCGUUAUAGCUAAUCUUGCUGUUACCAUCAAACCUGCUGAGAAUUACAUACUGCCACCUGAAGCUCUCCCAUCAAACACAGAAAGAGACUCAGCUCUUAGCAGCCCUGCUGUGAAGAGGGCCGAAGAUGUUGUCAGCAGUAUGCUUGCCAAGGGUUUUAUAUUGGGAAAGGAUGCUGUUAACAAAGCAAAAGCCUUGGAUGAAAAACAUCACUUGAUAUCGAACGCAUCUGCCACAGUUGCUUCGAUUGACAAUAAGAUUGGUCUGAGCGAAAAACUAAGCAUGGGAAAGGCAGUGGUGAAUGUCAAGGUGAGAGAGAUGGACGAAAGGUACCAGGUAUCCGAAAAGACGAAAUCUGCCUUGGCAGCUGCUGAGCAGAAGGCAAGCAGUGCAGGAUCUGCUAUUAUGAACAACCCUUAUGUAUUAACUGGAGCUUCCUGGGUUUCGAGUGCAUUUAGUGCAUUUGCAAAGGCAGCUGAAGAUGUAAGCAUGUUGACUAAGGAAAAGGUUGAAAAGGCUGAGGAGGAAAAAAAGGAGAGCAUUUACAGGGAAAGAACAGGGAUCAUCAGUGACUUUGCUCUGAUCCAUCUAGACGAGGCCUCAGCAAAGGAACCUCCAACUGUUCCAGUUAAUUCAGCUGAUGACCACUAGCUUGGAAUGAUAUGAUUGUUUUGUAUUAUUAUUUUUUAUAACUGCAAAUGAAUUCCUUAUCAAUUGUUUUAUAGUUUUUUUUAUGCAAUAUAUAUACAUAUGUUGCAUGGAAUUGUUUGUGGGUGUUAAUACAGAUAUGUGUCAAAUUUUUUGUUCGAAUUUUCUCUAUGCAUUCAUGUUUAGAGGUGUAAAAGUGUAAGUCCCUCUUGUCUGGCUAUUGCAACGUUGUCUGGAGAAUUCAUGUAAUAUUGUUGACAAGUGUCAGUAGCUAGUGCUAGAGUUCUGUAUGAUAUGCCAGGACUUUGUCUUACAUGGAAUUGUAUCAAUAAGCUUUUGGCAUUUUGAAAUCAUAUUACUUUGAAAUAUA